UUUGCCAACCGCCAUUAAACAGCAGCAGCAGAAGAAGACGAAGAAGAAGGCCUAUUCUCAUGUGAAACGUCCAGUAACACUUCUUCUACUCUCCGCAAUUCAGGCUAAGUUCAAGAUCCAGCUGUUCAACAACCUUCGUGGCUCGUUAGCUUGCUUUAAAAAGCCACGGGACCAGGAUGCAAGAGGAGUAUUUGUGAAGAACGACCCCAACCACGUGCCAUGUCUCUGGUUUUCCUACGACCCAACACCAACGCAGUCCACGGUAAGAAGGAUAAAAGACUGAUGGCAGAGGUGAAUGCAUCACCGCUCAAGCACUUUGUAACAGCAAAGAAGAAGAUCAACGGGAUCUUUGAACAACUGGGCUCCUACAUUAAGGAAAGCACGUCCUUUCUAGAAGAUACGUACAAAAAUGAUGAGUUGGACCCAGUCACCACAGAGGAGCAGGUCCAGGAGGUGCAGGGUUACCUUGCAAAGGUGGCAGGGAUCGGUGAAGUGCUCGCCCGCAGACAUAUGAAGGUGGUCUUCUUUGGGAGGACCAGUAAUGGGAAGAGCUCAGUGAUCAAUGCCAUGCUAUGUGAUAAGGUGCUGCCGUCAGGAAUAGGACACACCACCAACUGUUUCCUGAGGGUGGAGGGCACAGAUGGCAACGAGGCCUUCCUCCUUACAGAAGGCUCUGAAGAGAGGAAGAACAUAAAGACGGUAAACCAACUAGCCCAUGCUCUCCAUCAGGAUGAGGACUUAGACGCCGGCAGCUUGGUCUGUGUCAUGUGGCCCAAAGCCAAGUGUGCUCUACUCAGGGAUGAUCUGGUGUUGGUAGACAGCCCAGGUAUCGAUGUUACCACAGAAUUGGACAGCUGGAUUGACAAGUUCUGCCUUGAUGCUGAUGUGUUUGUUCUGGUGGCAAACUCUGAGUCCACACUGAUGCAGACGGAGAAGUCCUUUUUUCACAAGGUCAAUGAGCGACUCUCCAGUCCCAACAUUUUCAUCCUCAACAACCGCUGGGAUGCUUCAGCCUCAGAGCCUGAAUACAUGGAGGAGGUUCGUAGGCAGCAUAUGGACCGCUGCACCAAUUUCCUGGUGGAUGAGCUGGCUGUAGUGGACCGGACCCAGGCCAGUGACCGCAUCUUCUUCGUUUCUGCCAAGGAAGUACUUCAGGCUCGGGUGCAGAGAGCUCAAGGAAUGCCUGAAGCAGGUGGAGCUCUUGCAGAGGGAUUUCAAGCCAGAAUGUUUGAGUUCCAGAACUUUGAGAGGCGAUUUGAGGAGUGUAUCUCACAGUCAGCGGUGAAGACCAAGUUUGAGCAGCACACUGUGAGGGCCAAGCAGAUCUCUGAAGCCCUGCGCCACAUUAUGGAUUCUAUACAUAUUGCUGCACAAGAGCAGAGGGUCUACUGCCUUGAGACUAAAGAAGACCGUCAGUGCCGAUUGGAGUUCAUCGAUAAGCAGCUGGACCUGUUGACCAUGGACUGUAAAUCUAAAAUCAAGAAGAUUACUGAGGAGGUGGAGAGACAGGUCUCUAAUGCCCUGGCAGAGGAAAUCAGGAAGCUGAAUGUGCUGGUAGAUGACUUUCACAUUGACUUCCACCCAUCAUCAGUAGUGCUCAAGGUCUACAAGAAUGAGCUUCAUCGGCACGUAGAAGAGGGUCUGGGAAAGAACAUGUCACAGAGGUGUUCCACCUCUAUUACCAGUUCCCUGCAAGCUACACAGACUGACAUGAUUGAUGGUCUGAAGCCUCUACUGCCCAGCCCAGUCAGAGAGCAGGUUGAUAAGCUAGUUCCUCGCCAGUGCUUCAGUCUCAGUUAUGACUUGGCCUGUGACAAGCUUUGCAGUGACUUUCAAGAGGACAUCAGCUUCCACUUCUCUCUGGGCUGGACCAUGCUGGUCAACCGCUUCCUUGGUCCCAAAAAUACCAGGCGGGCCCUUGUGGGCUACAAUGACCAGGUCCCUCGGCCCAUGGCCCUGACUCCUGUCAGCACUGCCAUACCUCCUUUCCCGCAAAGCUCUGUGACUCAGGAGGAGCUCAUGGUCUCCAUGGUGACAGGUCUUGCAUCCCUCACCUCCCGUACUUCUAUGGGCGUCCUUGUGGUUGGUGGCGUGAUCUGGAAGGCAGUGGGUUGGCGGCUGAUCGCCUUGUCAGUUGGCCUCUACGGGCUCCUCUAUAUUUACGAGAGGCUCACCUGGACCACCAAGGCCAAGGAGAGAGCCUUUAAGAGACAGUUUGUGGACUACGCCAGUGAGAAGCUGCAACUCAUCGUCAGCUACACUGGAUCCAACUGCAGCCACCAAGUCCAGCAGGAGUUGGCCGGUGUGUUUGCUCAGCUCUGCCAGCAGGUAGAUGUCACCCGUCAGAAUCUCGAGGACGAGAUCACUGACAUGAAUACGAAGAUAGAGCUGCUGGACACCCUGCAGAGCAAGGCUAAGCUUCUGCGGAACAAGGCUGGCUGGCUGGACAGUGAGCUGAACAUGUUCACCCAACAGUACCUCCACCAUAGCAAGUAAAGCAGGCAGAGGCUUCACCUGAGAGACUGAAGGACAGCAGAAGAACAUCUGCUCCAGCUGUUGAAGUAUCUCCUCUAGUUGACACGCUGAAUAUAAAGAGAGGAAACGAUCGAAAAUGUUCUGAACAGAAGAGUAGAAGUAGAACGGACAGUUUAGAUGUUACUGAAUGGAUGUGAUAUGGAUUCAUGGACACUAGUUAAGGAUCAGCUGGUGAGUAACCACACAAAAAAUAUUAAACAUGAGGCACAAACCACAGAUUCUUUAUCAUGUUCACUUGUGAUGAUGAGCUGAGGUCUCCAUGUGGCUAACAGAUCUGACUCCUAUCACAAAUACAGUCUAAACUCUCCUCACAUCCUUAUCAGUAGUUUUCAGUUACUCUGUCAGUCCUUGUAUUUGUUCCAGUCAGCUCUGCCAAAUUGAACCUGUGUACAUUUGAUUUUGUAUGUACAUUUUGAACAAUGGAAAAGUGCCAUGAAGUAAGAGGCAGAGCACAUGAGGGAAAGGAAAAGAAAGUGUCUCAUAUUAUGAGGAUAAUGCAAUGAACUAAAGACAUGCAAACUAAUUUAUUCCUCCAGCUGCUGAAAGAUUUGAAUAUUGAAGAUAUUGUAGUUCAGUUGGAGGUUAUUUAACAUUUAAUUUUGGCUUGUCCACACUGUCUCCUUUGGUCAUAGUUUAAGUGAUGAAAGGGAAACUACUGCUCACUCUUUAAGUCUCGCUAAUGAGCACCAAGUAGAGCUGAUCUGAGUGGACAUGUCACAUGCUGAUGGUGGUCAUUCAAACUGUUUGCUCUGCUGCAUCUAAUCUAGACACUAUGUUCACCUUGUAUGUAGAGUGGCUCUGACAUGUACAGUUACUGACUGUGUCCUUUCCUUUAAUACGUCCUCCAAGAGUAAACAUACAUGUUUUGAGAGGAUGGUUUAGGCUGUGAAGUGAAUUAUUAGAUUUUAGUAGAUUGAACAGUGAAGUAAAAAAUAUGAGACCCCUGAAUGUAACCUCUAAAAGCAUCACGCUGGUGAUAUUCUGCACUUUCCCUGACUCCCAUACUCUCUGUGGCCUCCACCUUCAAGCCCAGUAGAAUACAUGCAUCUUUAAAACUAUGACCUUAUUGCAGUAUACAGUAUCGUUUCAUUUAAAAAGGGGAAGUCAGUAAUUCUUUAAACGGCUGAGCACUGUUGUCUUCAUUUAAAAAGGAGAGAGAUGUGUUUGUUUUCAGCUGCAACAGUCAAGCAACACGAAUCAAAGGAAUCUACCUGAUACACAGGACUUGUUAGGACACAUGGAUUUUUGGCUUGUCUUGUCUUUUCAUGUAACAAGAAGUACUAUAUAGAAUAUCAAAAAGCUGAUUCCUUAACUGGUUACCAUUAUAGAUAGUCUGUCAGUCAGUAUAGUUGCCAUGGCUACAAGAGAGAAUUGGAACCUUUUGGUAAGUGUUAAAUAAUUCAACUGAAGUCUCUUCUGAGAUUAAAGUUUUACUUUAAAAACACCCUUCCAAUUUUGUGCCGACACUCUGUGUUCCCAAACUGCUUGAGUCUGUCUCAUAGAUCUACCCCUGUUAGCUUCUCGCUAAGACGUCAGUACAGAUAUGCCAAAGAAAUGUUUGAGGUCAGUUUCAAUCACACCGUGGAACACUACUGAGCACAUCUCCAGGGCCUCAUCCCUUGAUAACCCAAUACAAGUGGUUUUUAGUAGAUGUUAAAUUUGUGUAUUUAUGUAAAACAAUGGCUCUGAUUCAGCCGAAACAUCAUCACAUUUUAAUGUUAAUAUUUUUAAAACAUCUGUGGUUCAUGUAUGAAGUCAGCUCAGUGGUAACAUGAUCGACCUGCACUGGAAGCAAAUGUGGCUCAGGCUCAGUUACUGUCUGCAUACUCUCUGUCAGUGUCACAUAUAGAUGAGAUGGAGAACUCAGCUACACAAGAUAUGUAUGUAAAAGUGUCCAAAUCCUGCAACAGACCCCCUUGAUGAAACAAACUUGUACUUUUGCUUUCUAAAAUGUGUAUAUGUAAUUUAGAAAUUUGCCUUUUUAAUUGGAAACUGGGGAAAGAUAAGAUGGAUGUGCCUGAUUUGUCUAAUAUGUGGGUAUUGUUGAUGGGAGAUGAUGUAAAAUGAAGCCAUAGACUAUUAUGCCAAGUGAGCAACACUUGCCAACACUUCCUUUUAGGGUGAAGACGAGCACUUUAAUUUUUUUUCUUCUCAAUAAAGGUAGUGUUUUCCCGCAAUGUAAAACCCUUCUGUAGUUGUAUUUGGCUUCAGGAAGGUGACAGUACCUGCAUGCUGUGAUUAUUGUAGUGUGUUGACCCGUUACACUGUACAUACAUAUGAAUAUAAAAAAUAAAGGUGAAUAUGCUGAAAA